UGUCUUUGUAUGUCUCAAUAUAAUAGUAUUAUUUAAUUAAAUCCAUUUAAAAUCAUCUUUGUCUGAAAAUAAAAUAUGAUCCUCAACUGCGUUUCCCCUCCAGUCAGCAGACGGCGAUGUGCGUCUUUCAGGCGACGCUGCCAGCGUGACGUAUAAUCUAGUGGACGGUUCUUCAUAAACAGCUCGUCAACCACCUCGGUAGCUUGCUAGCCAACAUAGCCGAACGAUUAAAGCUCUUACGCUUUCGGUGUAUAUUAGCUAUUGUGUUUUAGACACACUUCUGUUGUAUCUACUUGUUAACCUAUUCAAUUUAAUAUUACGUUAUUUUGUAUUAGUCAGCUAUAGUAGUUGGCUCGUUAAGUUAGCACUAGCCUAGUUGCUAAUGACAGCUAGCUAGCUAACAUCCCCGACCAUGAGCUCCAUUAACUACUCCCCUCCUGUUAAAGAAGAGGAGGUCUGCUGGGCGGAGAAAGAAGCUCUUGUGAAAGAGGAGGAGGAAGAAGAGGAUGUCACAGUAAAACAAGAGGGUGAGGCUGUUACAGUGAAAGAAGAGAAAGAUGUUUCAGUGAAAGAAGAGGAAGAUGCCUUCAGAGUGAAAGAGGAGGAUGUUACAGUAAAAGAAGAGGAGGCAGAGAAAGAAGAGAAUGCAGUUUUUGAAGUGAAUGAGGAGAAAGAGAGAAUAUUGACAGAGGAGUCAGGAGAUCUGAUUACCACCCGAGGGAGAUGUGACCAUCGUGGAUCCUCUGGGGAGUCUCAACAACAUCAUGAUGCUGAAGAGGCAGAGAAGAGUCUCUCCAGAUCAGAACACCUCAAGAAACACCAGCAGAGACACACAGGAAAGAAACCACAUUGCUGCUCUGACUGUGGGAAACGUUUCAAAUCUUCAUCAGAACUUAAAAAUCACCAGCGAGUACACACAGGAGAGAAGCCUUAUAGCUGUGAUCAAUGUGGGAAGAGUUUUACUCAUUCAAGUAAUCUGAAAACACACCAGAGAACACACACAAGAGAUAAGCCUUACAGCUGUGAACAGUGUGGCAAGAGUUUUACUCAGGCAAGCAACCUGGUAUCACACCAGAGAACACACACAGGAGAGCAGCCAUACAGCUGUGAUCAGUGUGGCAAGAGUUUUACUCAGUCAAGCAACCUGGUAUCACACCAGAGAAUACACACAGGAGAGCAGCCAUAUAGCUGUGAGCAAUGUGGGAAAAACUUUUCUCGGGGAGAACGCCUUAAAGAGCACCAGAGAACACACACAGGAGAGAAGCCUUAUAUCUGUGACCAGUGUGGCAAGAGUUUUACUCAGUCACGCAACCUGCUAUCACACCAGAGAACACACACAGGAGAGCAGCCAUAUAGCUGUGAGCAAUGUGGCAAGAGUUUUACUCAGUCAAGCAACCUGGUAUCACACCAGAGAACACACACAGGAGAGCAGCCAUAUAGCUGUGAGCAAUGUGGGAAAAGCUUUUCUCGGAUAGAACACCUUAAAGGACACCAGAGAACACACACAGGAGAGAAACCUUAUAGCUGUAAUCAGUGUGGGAAGAGUUUUACUCAGUCAAACAGCCUGAAUAGACACCAGAGAACACACACAUGAUAGAAAUCGUAUAGCUGUAAUCAGUGUGGGAAGAGUUUUAUCACCAGAGAGCACACACAGGAGACACUGCUCUGCUCUGACUUUGAAGAGCUUUGCUUCCCUAAGAAACCUGACACAACACCAGAGAACACACACAGGAGAGAGUCCUUAUAGCUGUGAUCAGUGUGACCAGAGAUACUCUCAUUCAAGUGGUCUGAUUAAACAUCAGAAAAUACAUGCAGGAGAUCCACAGGGUGUAGAAUGACCAACACCAGACCUAUAUACAUCAAAUCACAUUUUAUUUGUCACAUACACUUGUUUAGCAGAUGUUAUUGUGGGUGUAGCAAAAUGCUUGUGUUUCUAGCUCCAACAGUCCAGUAAUAUCUAACAAGUAAUAUUUAACAAUACACACAAUCUAAAGGAAUGGAAUUAAGAAUAUAUAAAUCUUUGGCCGAGCGAUGCCAGAGCAGCGUAGACUAAGAUACAGUAGAAUAGAAUAGAAUACAGUACAUACAGUCGGACAAAAAAGUAUUUAGUCAGCCACCAAUUGUGCAAGUUCUCCCACUUAAAAAGAUGAGAGGCCUGUAAU